UGUUAGUUUGAUCAUAGACUUUUUUUAUCCACCUGUUUACAUUUUGCAACAAGUAAUUUAUCUUUAGGUAAUUAAUACUUAUAUUGUUUAAAAUAAUUUUGAAUUGUGAAUUAUUUUUUUAACAGUACUUAAAAGAAUCUGAGUUUUAUCUGUAGUUUUAAAACAAUAGAAAAUAUGAUACAGCAUAUGAGAUAAAAUAUUGUUUUUUGAAAUAUACUUUAUCAUAUAGUUAUGAAGUUGUACGUUUAAGUGUUAUUAAUCCGCAAAUUGUUGUAUAAAUAGUUUAUUGAGUUCAAACAUUUAUGGUUCAUGAAGGUUUUGAAGUGAAUCAAAAAUGACUACUAAUGAGCCACUACUUGUUCAAGCUGUAUAUUCAUUUAAAGGAAAAAAUAAUGAUGAGAGGAGACCUUGAACCAACGUAAUGCUGUGUUUGAAAAAAGGGGAUAUUGUGAUUGUCACUCAAAAAGAAGAUGGUGGCUGGUGGGAAGGAACCCUUAAAGAAAAAACUGGUUGGUUUCCAUCAAAUUAUGUCAAAGAAUAUAAAUCUCAAGGAGAGAAUAUUACAAACAACAAAGUGCCAAAUAUACCAGUGGAUUUGACAGAACAGUUAAGAGCUAACCGAGCUGUGGUUGUCAUGGAUAUUGUGGAAUCUGAAAGAGCACAUGUCACUGAAUUGAAGACACUUAUUCAAAGUUUUUUAAUUCCUUUAAAAAACUCAAAUAUAAUGACUAUUGAUGAGUAUAAUCAAUUAGUAAAUAAUAUUGAAGAAGUUUCAAAAACUCAUGAAGGGCUUCUGGAAUCGUUAGAACAAGUCUCUGGGUUACCGCAGUCCGAUCAAAGAAUAGGCAAACUGUUUUUAAACAAAGCAUCUUUUAUUCGGAGUGUACAUUUGCAAUAUUGUGCUUCUCAUCCCAGAGCAGUUAAUAUUAUUGAUAAAUAUAAGGAUGAAUUAAACCAAAUAAUGGAAACACAAGGUGCAGUUAGUCCUGGUAUUUUAGUACUCACUGUGUCAUUAAGCAAACCAUUCCGAAGAUUAGACAAGUAUAGUGGGAUGCUCCAAGAGCUCGAAAGACACCUUGAAGAAAGUCAUGUUGAUAGAGGAGAUACUCAGCGAUCCAUCAGCAUCUACAAAGAAAUUGCGACUGUAUGCUUAUCAACAAGGAAACAAAAAGAAUUGGAAUUAUCGAUAUUAAGUGGAGUUGUACAAGGAUGGGAAGGCACUGACGCAUUAAGUUUAGGCGAUGCAAUUAAAAUUGGUUCUGUUGCAUUUGGUGCAGAGCAUAAAGAUAGAUAUCUAAUGUUGUUUUCUACCCAUAUUGUUAUUUUAUCAGUGUCCCAAAGACUAAGUUCAUUUAUUUAUGAAGGUAAACUGCCAUUAAGUGGAAUUUGUGUCAAGAAAUUAGAAAAUAAUGGUGCCAUUAAAAAUGCUUUUGAAAUAUCAGGGCCUUUAAUUGAUCAUAUUGUUGCUGUUUGUCAGUCUAAAGAAGAGCAAAUUGAUUGGAUACAAAAAAUUAACAAGCAAUUAGGAAAUAAGAGUGUCAUUAAUACUACAUCUAGCAAAUCAAUGGAAAAAGUUAAUAGAUUAGCUUGGGAUGUGACAAGACUUAGACCCAUUCCACCACUUCAAUUUUAUCACAACAUAAAUGAAAAAAAUAUCUGUGUAGCAAAAAGAUCUGAAAGAACAUUUGAAGAUGAUGGGAAAGUCUUGAGAGUAUUUGAAGCAUUUUGUUCAAAUACAAAAUCACGGCAUGCUAGUUCAGGUGAUCAUUCUUUGUUAUUGUUGUAAAUUUUGAUAUGAAACAACUUAUGCAGUUAAAUAUAUCUAAAUACAAUUUUAUUAUAAUUUCUAUACCAUUAAUGAUGCUGUAAGGCUGUGAAUAAUAUUUUUUAGGCAAUGAAUAGUAGUAUGUUAAAUAAUUAUAACUGAGAUGUUAAUAAUAUAUUAUACUAAAAAUCUUUUUCCUGUUAAGUACAAUUUUGAAAAUUUGAAAAUUAUUGCUUGAUACUAAUAUUUACCUAUGUACUUUUAUGUAUGUAUAAAUUUAUUUUUUAUUUCUUAUGAUUAUCCUGUAUAAAAUCAUAUUAAUUCAACAAGUUUAUGUUUAAUGUGGAUAAAUAUUAAAUUCAGAUGUAGCUAAAUGACGAUUGCAUGUGUUGUUCCAUUUUAACUUUUGGUGGGAAAAUGUAAAUUUAUAACAGUAUUGCA